CUUCAAGUGAGCCGCAUAUAAUCAGCUUUUGAAUAAAAUACUUAAGUUACGAAUAAAAUUAUGGAUUUUAGUGAGAUUACCGAGCAUUCAUGUGAACCAGGCACUUCAAAGAACGACGACGGAGUGAUCUCUGUCGAUGUUUCGAGCGAGGUACUCGUAGAUUCGAUCACAGAAGUCCCACCAGACUUAAUCAUGAAUACUGACGGGAAUGUGGAAAAUGGAGAGGACCCAACAAGACUGACCCUGGCAUAUGAAAGACUGUAUGAAAUCCCACGCACUAUAGUUGAACGUUUUUCGGACCAUGUCUGGCAUCUGGACAUCAGCCAUAAUAAAAUCACAAACCUGGACCCUCUGGUGCACUUCAAGCACCUCACAUCACUGAUUGCGGAUGACAACCCAAUCACUGAAAACUGUGUACUGCCACCAUUGCCCAAACUACAGCUGUUAUGGGUCAACUAUUGCAAGAUCGGCUCCCUGUACCCCUGGGUGGCCAAGCUGAAGGAAUCCUGUCCCAACCUGCAGUACCUGUGCCUCAUGGGCAACCCAGCAGCUCCGAGUUAUCUCAACGGCGGGAACUUCUAUGACUAUCUACAGUACAGGCUAUUCGUAAUCUCGCAAUUCCCGUCCCUCAACCAUCUGGAUGACCGAAAAGUCACCGAGGACCAACGAGCAGAGGCCCAGCGCCUCUACAAGAGGCCCUUCUUCGAGAGGAUCGUCAAACCCAGUUCUGGAGGUAUCGCUCAACUUAUACACACACCGGUCAAAUGGAGCAGCUUCCAGAGUAAGAUCACGUCGUUGUGGGGAGGUAAAGAGGAGAGGAACUUGCUGAUUUAAGCCAUUGUUUUGUUAAGGAUCAAACCAAUGCCCAAAGUUUUCCCAAGAGGUUGUCCCUUGAAAGGAUAGUGUGAUUCAGCUCUGGAGUUAUUACACAACUUAUACACACACCGGUCAAAUGGAGUAGCUUCCAGAGUAAGAUUACUUCGGAGGUAAAGAAGAAAAGCCAUUUUUUUAUUACUAAGGACCAAACCAAUGCCCAGUCUAACUAAAAAGGUUGUCCCUUGAAAGGAUCGUCAAACCCAGCUCUGCAGGUAUCGCUCAAGUUAUACAUACACCAGUCAAACCAGUCCAGAGUAAGAUCACAUCGUUGUGGGGAGGUAAAGAGAGGAAUUUGUUUAUUUAAUUCUAUAAGUAUAUCCUGCAACGUCUUGAUGGACUUAAUCAAGGCCCAAAAUCUACUUGAGAGGCUGUCCCUUGAAAGGAUAGUGUAGUCUAGCUCUGAUAUCGCUCAACUUAUACACACACUGGUCAAAUGGAGUAGUUUUCAGAGUGAGAUCAUGUUGGUGGGGGGAUGUAAAGUGUAGAGAAGUUUGUUGAUGUAGGCCAAUUUUAUUCGGGUAAAAUGGCACAGAUUUUCAGAGAAAAAAAUAAUCUGUUAAAGGGAGGAGGGGAAUUUGUUGAUUUAUAUUUUUAUUAGCCAUAUUUUUAUUUAGUUUUUUAAGUAUUUGAGGACCAAACAAAGGCCCAAAGUCAACUCAAGAGGUUGUUCCUUGGAAUGUUUGUGAAGAGGAGCUAUGGGUAGCUUAAAAUAAACUUCAAGAUUGCACUAUGUAUUCCGAGUUGCGACCCUAAAUAAAUAUGUAUUCGACUGCUUAGUUGCUUAUUGAUCUCUAUAUGGAAGUGCCAUGGAACUGAUAUACGCACCACAUCCUUGGCAGGUGUUUAAAUAUUUAAAAUCUAUGAGAAUCCUAUUUAAUAUUUAAAGACUUUAAAUUCCAAUAAGCAAUAACUGCCAUUUGAAUUCAGAAUUGAUCGACAAAUGGUUGUGAUUUCAAUGGUUUCCCUAUUUUAAAGGAACUGCCAAAAUGUACAACUUAGUGUCAUAAUUUAUAUGAACUCUGGACAUGAGUCAUUAGAUAUUCGAUCAAAUUGUAGUGACGCAAAAUAUAUAGAUAUGUACGCUUAUCUUUCGAUUUCGACAGACUAUACCGUAUCAGCAAACAUAACAAUGUUGAUAAAACUGUCAAACUAUGAUAAAAAUCUUGUAUCAUAAUUAUCUAAUCGAAUAAAGGUAUCAGAAAAAGUUGGUACGCUACAAUAACGUAGGCGAAAUACAGUUAAGUCAAUAUUUCGCGUACAAAUUACAACGUACAGUCAAGAUAUACACCGUGUUUUUAUUGAAUUCCGUUAAAUAUAGUUGGUCCAUUA